UCCAUGGGGUUGCAAAGAGUCGGACACGACUGAGCAACUGAACUGACUGAACUGUCUGUUUUCUCAUCUGAAAAUGGAGCUGAUAGGAGACCUACCUCAAAGGGGUGCCUUCCAGCCUGGACAGCUGUGCUGACCUGACUGAGUUUCUCUCCAUGACCAUCUUCAGCUGCUCAGCCCAACACACUGCUGUCAAUACUGGUCAGUUUGGUUUCAGUGGCUGGAUGCCCAAUUCUCCCAGUACCAUCCGGCUCCCCCUGCCUACCUCCAAAGGCCAGAGCCUGACAAGCCUGAUGGCUUCACUCCCUGAGGUCAACGUCACGUGCCACUCCCUUGAGCUCUUCUGGAGUGUCAGCGAUGAAACCAAGGACACUCGGUACCUGGGCACCUACCCUGAUGAGCACUUCACUGAGGAGGCCCCGAGGAAGAAGACUUCUGUCUUCCACAGCCACCUGGCCCAGAUCUCAUGGGACAUCCAGGAGUAAAACCGGGGCCUGGCGCUGCCAUUUGCGUGUACCUGGACCAGGCUUUGGUGGGAACAGCAUUGCCUUGUGAGCACGGCACGCUCCAGCCCUGGCAUGCACCCAUAGUAAA